ACAAUAUGGCCAUGGCGGUGUACAAUUGGUUUCAUUCAGAGGUGAAAAUUGCUGUAUUAUAUAUUUUUUCUCUAAUACUUCUUCUGCUGUCCGAUUUUACUUGUGAGGCGUAUCGAGCAGGUAUAGUAAUGGUUGAUUAACGAAUUCCCGCCCCGCAAAAAAAGGCAAGGCAAGCCUGAUGAUUGCUUGACUUGAGCUUACGGCUACGGUGUUGUGAUGCCCCUGGUCGUGGUAAUGGGGGGAGGGAGCACUGCAAACAGGUUCCGUUAACAUAAAAGGAAAUAAGUAAAACAAAGUAUAUGAAAACCUGGAAAAGGAACAUAACAAAAUCACGAAUGUAUUGACAGGAAGCCUUCAUCGGCUAACAAACAGAAAAAAACAGAAUAAAAUAAAAAGUAACUUAGCCAAAGAGUAGUUGUAGUCAGGGUUUCUUUCAGCUAUAUCUCGGGGGGGGGGGGGCGCCGUGCCCCCCCUGGGGCAAACAUAUAUCCAACAAUAAAUCAACUGGAGUUGCUGGCACUGCCCCCCCCCCCCCACCAAAAAAUCUGAGUGCCCCUCCGGGGGAAAAUUUCUGAAAGAAACACUGGUUGAAGUUGUAGUAUCCCAGAGGUAGAGGGCAGCAAUUGUUUACGUCUCUUCUACUCAAAAUACCCAGAAUGGCCAAACUUAAAUAAAACAACGAAGUGGCUGUGUGCACCACACCAUUGUACCUAGCAAAACCAUGGACUUAGGCCAGUGUACACAGCGCCAAAAAUGUACCAUUGGCAAUUGGCCUGGUUUAGAUAUUCCUCUUGCAUAUGUUCUUGUGUGGUCUUAUGGUGGAGUAGAUGCUUGUCGAUAUCAUAUUUUGGAUCAAUUCCCAGAAGGGGAUCACAUUUUAAUUAUAUCUUAGACUUAAUAAAAUUGAUGCAAUGGCUUCCCGUUCAUUUUUACGCCACAGCCCGCGGGAUCACAUUCAAUAUAAUAAUUUUUUCAAUCUCUCACAACCCCCCCCAUUUCAUUUACAAUUUAGUAGGCCUCUACAGUUGUAUCGAAUUUCCACAAUAUAUUACAAAUCAGGUCUCUAAAGGACUUUUUUUAGGCCAUAUAACUAUAAUAGGCAGAUAACGUGCAUAAAAAUAACACUAGGCCACAGUUAGGCACCUAAAAGUAUACAUUUCCCGCCAAAGAUUAAUUCAGUAAAUGUCUGCCCCCCCCCUCCCCACCCCACAACUUUUCAAAUUAAUUAACCCCCAAUGUGGUGUAUGCCCAUCCUCCAUGUUAAAUUGCAAACUCUUCAUUUAGUAUAAAAAAAAAGAGCUCUCUCCCAAACGUGAUAAAUGGCAAGGCACUGAGUAAAUAUAAUGCUUGUUUUAUGGCCGGCACUACGUACACCGCCGCAGUGUACCUAGCUAAAUCAUUGUUCACCUAACAAGCGUUCCUUGUUAUGCAUUUUUCACCUAACUAGCCAAAUCUUAAAACAGAUCAAAUUUGCAAAACCAUAUAAUGGCGCGUAAAAAAGAUAUUAACAACAUUUUUAAUUAAUAAAUUAUUUUAUUAAGCUGUUACUUCUACUUCUGGCUACUCUUAUGUCCUGUUAGAUUAGCAAAAAAGAUGCUCUGAUAUUAACUAUGAUUUGGUGUAAAUUUCAUUAGGCCUGUACUAUUCUUAAUCUUUAGUUUAGUCUUAACUGCAUAGGUCCAAUGAAUACUAAAGCCGAGCUUUUACAAUUGGUAUUAAGAUGAAAGACCUCCAACUAAGUUAAUCAACUUCUACUUCUACUCAUAAUGUUCUUUAUUGAGUAGACAAUGAAAUUAUCUGUUAAAUUAAGUAAUGUUGUUUUCUAAGUUUUACCUUUUUGCUUACUCUUCAAUUGUGUCUCAGUGAUAGAAUGCUUACAGCCACCUUAAAAACAGUAAAAUUUAAGAUAAGUUGAAAAGGACUACACAGUCAUUAAAGAAAUUCCAAGCCUAACAAUUAAAAUGUGGAGUGUAGAAAUUUAUUAUCUAAAAUUUUAUUAUGCUUCUCUACAGGUAUACUUUUGGAGAAGAUUAGCAAGCAUAUGCUGGUCUGUGAUUUUCAUGCCGGUUGUUUUGAUGGCUUUUAUUUUUUUGUCAACAUUUUCAGCCAUUCACCCUUUUCAAUGGUUUUCUGGUAUGUAUGAAAUUAAUAAUUUUAUAUCUUCCUUUUUUGUGCUUCUAAUUCAAAUGCAUUAAAAGUUUUCAGAAAAAUACAAAUUUAUUUUCAAAUAGGUAAAGGAUAAACAUAUUAUUAAAAUUAGACCAAGAGAUCUUUGUACCUCUAACAUUUCUUUGUAACAGCAAAUUUUUUGGAACAAUUUAUUUCAGAUAGUUCAGUAUUUUUUUUAAAUUCAAGAUUCUGGCUUGCUGUGCUUAUAAAUAGCAUUUGUUUAGUGGUGUUAACGAUGUUCACCCUCCCUCACUUUUCAGGUAAGCUUUUUAAGUGCUACACUUUUACUUUGGAUGCACUACUCAAACUUUGAAAUUUAAUAUCAGAACUCGAAUGUUAAUUAUCAUAUUUUUACUUUUGUUGUAUAUUUUGAUGUGUUUAAAUAACAUAGCUCAAUCUUUAUAAGAAUUAUUUAAUUUGCAUUUUUUAAAAAUUACAUUGAAAGUAGUUGAACAUUAUAAAAUAAAACAUUUGGUGAUUAAAAAUAUGUAUAUACAAAGGUUUAUGGUACCCAGUACUUAAAAAUAAUAACUAUUUUAUCUGGACAUUAUUUUAUUCUCAUUUUAACAUAAAAAAGACAAUAGAAUAUGGUAGUGUAACCUCUACUGAUACUUGUGUAACUAGUCUGAAUGACCUGAGCGAUUUUAUCUAAGUUGAAAUCAGAUCAGGUUAACAAAUUUUCUCACUUGCUCCAUUCUACUGAAUUAAUACAAAGUCAAGAUUUUCAGACGUCAUUUAUUUUUUUAAAGAAAUAUUUAACAGGAUAAUAAAAUAAUGUAUUGUCUCGAUUCACAUAUGAUGCUGAUUAGAAUAUUAAUAAAAAUUAGUUCACCAUAAAUCAAUUUCCCUUUAGAAAUAAUAUGUCAAGUCACUCCUACACUACAUAUCUUCACUAUUGAGAAAAAUCUUAACUGCUUUCCAAUAUGGCCACUAAUAUAGUUCCUUACUACAUAUAAUUAGAUACUUGUAUUCCUACUCUCACAUGGAAUAGUGAUUUCUACUCAACACUAAAUAGACAUCAAAUAUAAUUAUGUUACAGGUAGUAAUAUCUCUGUUUCAGUUGCAGCUGAAGUUAAUAAAACAGUUUUAUCGUCAAAUUUGGCCCUUUUCCGUUGGUCUCGUCUUCCACUUUUGGUAGCCAGUAUAGAAACAGGAGCAGUAGCUGGAUGGAGCUUAGCUUGGCUCAUUGGGGAUGAGUACGGCACGCUAACCACAGUUUUAAACACAGAGACAUAGUAGGAAUUUUUUAGUUAACUUUAAUAUUAAUCAACUUAGCUUAAAAGAAUGUCUGUAAAGAUUCUUCACUCUUUACUAACAGGCCUAAUUAGCUACUGUUUUGUUUAUCCUUCACUGAUUACAUGAUUUUUUAAAAAUAAAUAUAUAUUGAUACCUGUCAUCGUGAAGAAAUGCUGAAUCCUUGGUUUAACUAAAAAUGAAGUUAUUUUGUAUAAUUUCUUAUUAGUUCUUCUGUCUUUGUUGCAGUGAAUCCAAGGUGUUAAAUGAACCUCAUGUUUUCCUGGUGUUAGCUGCAACCUUUGCUGGCUUUUGUUGCUACUGGAUGUUUUUCCAACAACAACAAUAUUAUCUUUCCUUUCCCCAUGUGCAAGUAUGAAAUAGUUACUAAACUAGAUCACUGAGCUGUACUGUAUCUUUAUAUUUCAUUUCCAUGCUUAAAUACUCAUACACUACAUAAACUUUUCCCGUAAAGCAAUAGAAAUUAUUACCCAUCAAAUGCGAUUAAGUAUUUUUAAGAAUCUCAUUUUAUCAAGUUAUCAGGAAUUUUGUUUUGCGCUCUCUUAAAAUCACCAUUACACCAUUUUUUCCUUCAUACAUAGAGAAUUCUAUUGAUUGAUAAUUGCUGCAUGCAUUAUAAUUACUACAUUAUUAUUUCCUUGUAGAGAUCAAAGUCAUUUAGAGUGAGAUAUGAAUCUAUGGUUCUUCUGCAUGCAACUUGCUGGCAAAGUAUCCAUGUUGUUAAAUACUUUUACAUCUUUUAUUUUAUGUUUGGUAAGUUGAUAAGCUAGAAAUUUUUGGUCUUUUCGUUUUUAUUGAAAAACAAACAUUUUGUUUGAUUUAAAUUAAAAGCAGGGGCAUAAAAUUGAAAAGAAAUGGUACAUUGUACAUAUCAAAUUUACAAUUUUGAUCACUUAAGUUUUUUUUUAACUGAUGCUGUUUAAAUUCCGUUACUGAAACUGAUGGGCAAACUUAUUAUUUCCAAUUUUUGUCCAAAAUAUAUGACAAUACCCAGAAACAUUUAUACACAUUUAAUUCUAACUUCCAAGAGUGUUUGUUGUGGUGUAAGUGCUAACUACUUAUUGUAUAACUCUUUUAAUUUUAAACGUCUAACAAGAGUUAAAUAUCACGUCUAAAAUAUGGUAUGUUAUGUAGGCCUAACUGUCUUAUAUGUUAAAAAAACAUGUCUGGAAUACCAAUUUGCUAUCAAUUUUCUGCGAUUUAAUAUUUUUCUAUAUUUUUACUUUAGGAAAUCUAUUCAAACGUUGGAUCAGUGGCUCAUUUGGUAUAACCACAAAGUUAGUUUAUUUAAUUAAAAAUAUAGAUAAUCUUAAUGAUCAGAUGAUUUUGUAAAUUUAACAUCAUGUAUGUAUACAACAAGAGAACAAUUUAUGUAAAAUAUUGGAUUGGAAUCUACAUAUAUAUAUAUAUAUAUAUAUAUAUAUAUAUAUAUAUAUAUAUAUAUAUAUAUCAUAUGCAACGAUGUGUUUAAUGUUACUCUUUUAAUACUGUUUUAUGUUAAGUUAAAGUGUCUGGUGUUGACAUGUGUGCUCUUUCUAUAUAGUAUAUAUAUAUAUAUAUAUAUAUAUAUAUAUAUAUAUAUAUAUAUAUAUAUAUAUAUAUCAUAUGCAACGAUGUGUUUAAUGUUACUCUUUUAAUACUGUUUUAUGUUAAGUUAAUUUGGGAAAUUAUUUUGUUAUGUGAACAUUUGAAACUAUUCAUUAUUUCUUGCAAUGCUGAACAUUGACGUUUAGCUAUUAAGUAUAAAUAUAAAAAAAUUAUUUUGUGCUGACUCCUAAACAUUUCUCUGUUGCAAUUAUUUUAUACGUAUUUUAAUGAAGUUUUAUCUUUUCAUCAGCCCCGAGGUACCACCAAUCAAUUCCCUGCUAGGCAUAUUCAACCUGUCCCUCCUCUGGCAAACCUACCUUUGUACUUUUUUACUUGUCUUUACAACUUCUUUGGCAAGGACAAUGACCAGAGUUUUUUACACUGAAGUGAGCAGGUCUUGAAAUACCACAUUAAUUAUUUAAUUCCCUUAUUUAUUUACUUUGAUCUCAUAUUUUGUAGUGGUAGAGAUUUUGUCUUAACAACAAUAUUAAACAAAUUGUCAGUUUUUUUCUCUCUGAAAUGAAUCCAGUGUUCCUUUACAUGGAAUAACAAUCAAGAUUAAAAAUUUAAAUGUAGAUUUUCCCUUAUUUUUUAAUUUAAACUUCAGCCUACAGAGUUUGCUAUGGCCGCUGUACUGGAGCAGGACAAGGACAUAACUCUUUCUGAAGCUCUGGCUUGUAUGUCAAGCCCUCUCUUACAGGUUUGUGAUAAUUGUGGACAAGGCAAUAUGAUUAAAAUAUGUCCAAUUUACUGAGUACUUAAUGUUCAUUUCACUUUCUUAUAUUUUUUCUUAAAAUCUUAUUGAUCUUCUUUUUUUUUUUUUUUUUUUUUUUUUUUUUUUUUUUUUUUUUUUUUUUUUUUUUUUUUUUUUUUUUUUUUUUUUAUUUUUUUUUUUUUUUUUUUUUUUUUUUUUUUUUUUUUUUUUUUUUUUUUUUUUUUUUAUACAUUUUAACUUUUUAAAUUCAUUUUCAGCACCUGGCUUUUCUUGAUUUGAGCUGUUUGUCAAAAUUUUCACACACAAGGCGGCAAGAGCUGCUCAGCCUUAGUCAACCUGGUGGUCAUCCAAGAAUCUGGUUGUCUGUCAGUGGGGUCGCAUUUGGUGUCAUUAGAGAACUGAAUGAUCUAGUUAAGAAAGAAAAUGGGACAAUUAUGUCAAAGGUUUCAGUAAAUGCUCAUAAAAGUUCUAGCCAGUCUUCAGGAUUUUCACACACACUUUCAGGUAGGCCCAAACAUAGGUCUCCUUCAUUUCAGAUAAAUAGCUUUAAUAUUUAUUGUAAUUUAAGUAAGUUACAGGUAAGAUUUCUCCAGGAGAGGGUAUUUACUUAAAAUGUAACUUAAAUCUUAUGUAUCAGUUACAACUGCUUCUUGGCUUUGGUCCACAUGUCUGGCAAUUACAGAAAUCAUCCCUAAGUCCUCCUUCUUAAGUUAGGUCUAAAAAAUGUUUGACUGCACUAAUUUUGCUUUGCUUAUUUUCUUAUUCACUUACAAUAUUUAUCUUUUACACAUAUCUGUAAUCAUGUGAGGUGUUUAGGAUUUUUGAGUGACAUCAAAAGUUUGCUUUGAGUGACGUCAACAUAUUUUAGAACUAAGUGCUGUGCACUGACUAAACGUAAAUUAAGUAAGGCAUGGCUGUACUUCAAACAAGGGUUUAAAAAGAUUUAUGUCCAUAUUUCUUGCAGGAGAUACGGCAUCCUCUUUGAGUCAUAGAGUCACUGGCACUGAGUCUUCAGGUAUAAACCAUAUUUUAGAUGUUACGGCACUUACCUUUCUCAUGACUAUUUUACUUCCAUACUGGAUCAAAAGUAAAAUUUACGUAGACUACUAUCUGUUAGUAGAAUGAAAGUCUUAUUGUUCAUUAGCAUAAUGCUUUGUUUAAAAUAAAUAAAUUGUGUGCAUAUUUUAUUUUUGACAGAAAUGUUAAAUAGUUCAGAAGAGGAACAUAAAAGCUCAUCAUUUCUAGCGAAGGUAAUAUUCACAUUUUCUCAUUUGUCAUUUUACAUGUAACUGACAUUUCUUUGUCAUAUAUUAUGCGCUUAAGAAAUAUAUGCUGUGGAGAUUGAUGUUUAAAAACUUAAGACUGAUUAUCAGCAUCUGAGUACAACCACAGUUUUCAAUGGUUUGGUUAGUUUCAGCCGUGUGUGAGUCUCUGGACAUGUUGUAUCAGUGUAACCAAGAAUCUUGACAUUUUUCUCCCCAGUCUCUGUCAGCUGUUAGUAGUCUUCCAUUGAUUUCUCAAAUUUUAGCAGAAUAUCCAGACACAAGUAGUAGAAGUUUAUUUGCUUCCUGUCAGUUACAGAUUUGGGCCAUUGAAGGUACUAAUUUAACUAAAAUAAUAGACUUUGAUAAAGUAACUUCCAGAAGAAGAAAACUUGGGACAAAUAAUUUUAAAAAAUCAAAAUUGCUUUUUAUAAAAUAACUUAAUUUUUGCUUUGUUGUUUUUGAUUAAUUCGCUAAUAUAAUUGGGGACUGACCCUUGGGUUGGCGGCAUGCAGCAGUUAGAUUGGGGACUGAUCCUUGGGUUGGCGGCAUGCAGCAGUUAGAUUGGGGACUGACCCUUGGGUUGGCGGCAUGCAGCAGUUAGAUUGGGGACUGAUCCUUGGGUUGGCGGCAUGCAGCAGUUAGAUUCUGUUCUUUGAGGAAUAGAUGAGACUUUUUUUUUUUUUAACCAAUCAAGAGCUCUAUAAUUAUAAUGGAAUGCUGCUCCUAAACUAUUUUCUCAUCGGAUAUAAUUUGUAUAAAUGUCUCCCCACAUCAAGAAAAGGUUUCUUGGCAUGGAAUGGGUUACUUACUGAACUGGUUGCUCCCCAAUAUAGACUUAUAUUAGCUUCGGAGGUUAUUUAUUAUUAAUAUUUUCUUUCCAGCUGUCUCACUUGUAGCAUCCAAGUCACUAAGAGAGGAC